CUUCUCCUUCCUCCUCAGAGUUGCCUCCACUUCCGGCUUCACCAGCAGAGAUAAAAUCGGAGCUUGCAAAGGAGGGAGGGAAGGAGGCCGGAAGCGGGGCUGCGUCGUGCGGAGGAGGGGGCUUCUUCCUAAUUAAGCCUCCUAAUUAAGCGCCCUCACUCCCUGCCUCCCACGCGGGGGCUCCCAUUCCCGCCCCCGCUGCCUGGGAUUUCGGGAAGCUGCAACUGGCUCUGGAUUCUGCGCUCUUCAGGAAGGUGAACCUGCAAACCUAGCUGAGACUGAACCUGCAACCCUGGCCAGGAUGGAAGGAGGAAGAUGGGCGGUUGACCUGGUCAGGCUGUCUCCCGCAUCCCUCCCCACAACCUCUGAGCAUUCCCUCCCAGGACCCUUGGAGAAAUCUGGUGAGGAAGAUGAUGGCCAGAAUUCUAUGGAGCCAUCUGUGAAUUCAUUGGGAAGGACAACGAAACAGUUUAAAUGCAUGGAAUGUGGGAUGUGCUUUAGUCACAGUGGAAGACUGAGGACACAUCAACGAAUUCACAUAGAGGAGAAACCAUUUAAAUGUACUGACUAUCGAAAGAGAUUCAGGGACAAUGGAACACUUAGAAAACAUGAACGAACUCACACAGGGGAUAAACCAUUUGAAUGUAUUGAAUGUGGAAAGUGCUUCAGUCGAAAUGGAAAGCUUAGAAUACACCAACGAACUCACACAGGGGAGAAACCAUUUAAAUGUAUUGAAUGUGGAAAGUGCUUCAGUCAAAAUGGAAAGCUUAGAAUACACCAACGAACUCACACAGGAGAGAAACCAUUUAAAUGUAUUGAAUGUGGAAAGAGCUUCAAUGAUAGUGGAAACCUUAGACAACAUCAACGAACUCACACGGGGGAGACACCAUUUAAAUGUAUUGAAUGUGGAAAGUGCUUCAGUCGAAAUGGAAAACUUAGAAGACAUCAUCAAACUCACACGGGGGAGAAACCAUUUAAAUGUAUUGAAUGUGGAAUGUGCUUCAGUCAAAAUGGAACACUUAGAAUACACCAACGAACUCACACAGGGGAGAAACCAUUUGAAUGUAUUGAAUGUGGAAAGAGCUUCAGUCGAAAUGGAACACUUAGAAUACACCAACGAACUCACACGGGGGAGACACCAUUUAAAUGUAUUGAAUGUGGAAAGUGCUUCAGUCAAAAUGGAACACUUAGAAUACACCAACGAACUCACACAGGGGAGAAACCAUUUGAAUGUAUUGAAUGUGGAAAGAGCUUCAGUCGAAAUGGAACACUUAGAAUACACCAACGAACUCACACAGGGGAGAAACCAUUUAAAUGUAUUGAAUGUGGAAAUAGCUUCAGUAGAAGUGAACACCUUAGAAUACACCAACGAACUCACACGGGGGAGAAGCCAUUUAAAUGUAUUGAAUGUGGAAAGUGCUUCAGUCAAAAUAGAACACUUAGAUUACACCAACGAACUCACACGGGGGAGAAACCAUUUAAAUGUAUUGCAUGUGGAAAGAGCUUCAGGCAAAAUGGACACCUUAGGAAACAUCAACGAACUCACACGGGAGAAACCAUUUAAAUGUACUGAAUAUGGAAAGAGCUUCCAUCCAUAUAGACACCUUCUAAGACACCAACUAUCGCACGGGGAAGAAACCAUUUUAAUGUAUGGCAUGUGGAAGGAGAUUCAGCUACAGUAGAGCACAUAGAAUACACCAACUAACUCAUACAGGGGAGAAACCAUUGGAACGUAUUGAAUGUGGGAAGAGCUUCAACAGGAAGGAUAAACUUACAUUACAUUGGCGAACUCCCACAGGGGUGAAGUUUAAGUCAAGAUGGAACCUUAGUAAACAUCCGCUGACUCACAUGGGGAAAACCAGAUUCAUGAAACGUGGAAAGAGCUUCAGAGGGAGUGAAGACCUUACUAUCCAUAAGAAAAUUCACACUGGCAGGAAACCAUAUAAAUGUAUGGAGUUUUCCACUCAGGUUUUACCAGAUUUCCUGGGAAGUGAAGAUUACUGUCGAGUCUCUGGAUGUACAGAAAAGAAUUUGGCAGUGUUUGUUUUCAAUAAUAAUAAUAGCAACAGCAACAAUAAUAACAACAAUAAUAAUAUAAUUUAUACCACACCCAUCUGGCUGGAUUUCCCCCGCGGCACAGCCACUCUUGGUGGCUUCCAACAAAAUACUGAAAUACAAUAGUCCUUCAGAUAUUAAAAGCUUCCCUAAAGAGGGAAGCCUUCAGAUGUCUUUUAAAGUCUGGUGGCUGUUUUUUCCUUUGACAUCUGGUGGGAGGGUAUUCCACAGGGAGGGCACCACUACCGAGAAGGCCCUCUGCCUGGUUCCCUGUAACUUCACUUCUCGCAGUGAGGCAACCGCCAGAAGGCUCUUGGUACUGGACCUCCAUGUCCAGGCAGAACGAUGGGGGUGGAGACUCUACUUCAGGUAUACUGGAUCGAGGCCGUUUAGCGCUUUAAAGGUCAGCACCAACACUUUGAUUUGUGCUCAGAAAUGCAACGGGAGCCUAUCUUGGUUUUUCAAUACCAGUGUUAUGUGGUCUUGGCGGCUGCACCCCGUCACCAGUCUAGCUGCUGCAUUCUGGAUUAGUUGCAGUUUCCGGACCACUUAAAAAGGUAGCCCUACGUAGAGCGCAUUGCAGUAGUCCAAACAGGAGAUAACUGGAGUAUACACUACUCUGGCAAGACAGUCUAAGGGCAGAUAGGGUCUUAGCCUGCGUACCAGAUUGAGCUGGUAAACAGCUGCCCUGGACACAGAACUGACCUGCGUUUCCAUUGACAGCUGCAAAUCCAAAAUGACCGCCAGGCUGUGCACCUGGUCCUUUAGGGGCACAGUUACCCCAUUCAGGACCAGGGAGUUCUCCACACCUGCCUGCCUCCUGUCUCCCAAAAACAGGACAUCUACCUUGUCAGCAUUCAACUUUAAUAUGUUAGCUGCCAUCCAUCCUCCAACCGCCUCCAGACACUCACACAGGACCUUCAUCAUCUUCACUGGUUCUGAUUUGAAAGAGAAGUAGAGCUGGGUAUCUGCAUACUGAUGAACAUCCAGCCCAAACCCCCUGAUCUCUCCCAGCGGCUUCAUGUAGAAAUCUGAAAAGCAUGGGGAGAGGACGGAACCCUGAGGCACCCCACAAGUGAGAGCUCAGGGGUCUGAACACUCAGCCCCCAACACCACUUUCUGAACACGGCCCAGUGUAUAACAGUUCCUCCAGCUCCCAGCCCCUCUAGUUGGUCCAGAAGGAUGUUAUGGCCAAUGGUGUCAAAAGCCUCUGAAAGAUCCAGCAGAUCUAGGAAAUAGCUCUCACCUUUGUCCCUAGCCCGCCGGAAAUUAUCGUGUCCAGGUCAGUUUCAGUCCCAUGAUGAGGCCUGAAUCCCAACUGGAAUGGAUCCAAAUGGUCCACAUAUUCCAAGCGUCCCUGGAGUUGUUCAACAACCACCCACUCAUUCACCUUGCCAAAGAAUGGAAGAUUUGAGACUGGGCGAUAGUUGGCCGUAUUGGCUGGGUCUAAAGAUUUUUUUUUAAGAAGCAGUUUAAUACAGUGGUGCCUCAGGUUAUAUACGCUUCAGGUUACAGACUUCGCUAACCCAGAAAUAUUACCUUGGGUUAAGAACUUUGCUUCAGGAUGAGAACAGAAAUCGUACAGCGGCAGCAGGAGGCCCGAUUAGCUAAAGUGGUGCUUCAGGUGAAGAACAGUUUCACAUUUAGAACAGAUCUCCAGAACGAAUUAAGUUCUUAACCUGAGGUACCACUGUAACUGCCUCUUUCAGUGUGUCUGGGAUGGCUCCCUCACAGAGAGAAGCAUUCACCACCCCGCGGAGCCCAUCGCCCAGCCCUUCCCAGCUAGAUUUUAUGAGCCAGGAUGGGCAAGGAUCAAGGAGACUGGUGGUUGGUUUCACUCAUCUAAGCAGCCUGUCCACAUCCUCGGACAUAAAAGAUUGGAAUUGAUCCCACGCAACUUUACUAGACAGGACUCUAGCACUCGCCAGCCCCCGCCCUGCUCCCACGGGGGAGUCUACCUCUCUUAAUCUGAGCGACUUUAUUUGCAAAAAACUUUGCAAAAUCAUUGCAGGAGAUCAUGUGGCCUGUACCGGGCGCCAUUGGAGAGAUGGUUCCAUUAAAUUGCAAACCACCUGAAAGAGUCUCCUGCUGCUGUUUUCUGCAGAUGCAAUAGAGGGGGUGAAGAAGGUUUUCUUCACCUUCACUAUCGCCAUUUGGUAGGCUCAACGUUGAGCUCUAACCCGUGUCCGGUCAGAUUGAGAAUGAGGUUUCUGCCACUGGCGCUCUAGCCGUCUCGUUGCCCUCAGAUCCUUGGAAAACCAUGGGGCUGUCCGGUCUCCAUGCAAUCGGAGUGGGCUUUUUGGAGCCAGAUACUCAAUAGCCCUGGUUAACUCCACAUUCCAACAGGCCACCAAGGAAUCAGCUGAAAGGCCAUCAGCAUGGGAUAAAACAUCCCCUGCCACUCUCUGGAAACCAUUUGGAUCCAUUAAGUGGCGGUGGCGGACCAUCCAAAACGGAUCCCACCUCCCUGCAGAGGGGAAGGGUUGUGGAGAAGUCCAGUUGCACCAGGAAGUGAUCUGAACAUGGCACUUAUUUAGUUUCGCCUUUACUUAGUGUCAGAUCACCAACAUCCAUAGAGGAGAAAAACCAGGUCUAAGGCAUUUCUGCGACUAUAAGUUGGGCCAAACUUAUUUAGGGACAGCCCAUGGAGGCCAUGCUUUCCACAAAGUCCCAAUCGGCCCCUUGUAAGGUUGUGUCGGCGUGAAUGUUAAAAUCCCCGAGGACAACCAAAUUAGGUGUCUCCAGGAGAACAUCUGCCACAACCUGAAGCAGCUUGGGCAGGGAAUCCUUGGUGCAGCAGGGUGGUCGGUACACCAAAAGGAAUCCUGUACUGCCCCUAUUGUCCAACUUCAAGAACAUGCACUCAGAGAACUGGGUCUUCCCAAUAGGACGCCUGGUGCAAAUUAAUGACUUCCUACAAAUCACUGCAAAUCACACCCCUCCCCUGCCCACAUGACUUGGGUUGCUGUGCGUAAGAGAAACCUGGUGGACAAGCAGUGGCAAGGACAGGUCCACCUCCUUCAUCCCACCAGGUCUCUGUUAAACAUGCCAGGUCAAGUUCUCCAUCCACGAUCAAGUCAUGGAUGGCAGUGGUCUUAUGAAUCAUUGACCUGGCAUUCCAUAGCAGCACCUUCGGGUCAUGUGGGUCUCCCUUGCUGAUUCCAGUAUCCAUCCAAAUGACACCAGACCUGGAGGCAGGGAUAGUCCUCAAACUAAAAUGGGGGCCAUGCUAUUUGGUGACCCUCUUUUUUUCUUUUUUAAUUUAUACUCCUACAUCACACAAACAAGCAUUGAAUAAAUCGAACAAACAAUAGAAAACAGAAGAAAAUGCAAAAACAAAAUUACAAGGAUCUAAACAUAAUAUGCAAUCAAAAAUACAAAACAUUAUAUUCUCUCCAAAAAAGGAAAAAGAACGAAAAACACCAAAAAAGAAAAAGAAAGGGGGGGGGGAAUGACUUCUAACUAACUCCAUGCAGCUCUUUAUUCUUCAUAUCACUGGUUGUCUGUAAUGAUUAAUUUUUUGGAGAAUUCUAAUUACCUGUGAGAUUAUUAUUCUAAACUAAGCCAAGUAUGAAUCUGGAAAUCGGUUUUCUUCGUAUAAUUUAUAAAGACUUCUCACUCUCUCCUUAUUUUCUCAUUAGAAUAACUUCUUAUUAAACGUGUAAGUCUGGCCAAUUCAAGAUAUCCUGACAAUUUAAGAACUCUUUCUUCUUUUGUUGGUGUUAUGUUACUUUUCCAAUUUUUAGCCAUUACUAUCCUGGCUGCCGUUACUGCAUACAAAAAUAUUCUUUUGGUUUCUUUUGGGAUGUCUGUUGUUAAUAGGCCCAAAAAACAUUUCUAUUUUUUUGGGAAAAGUAUGUCUUAACAUUUUAUUUAAUUCUUCAUUAAUGGUAUCUCAAAAUUAUUUAAUUUUAGGGCACGUCCACCACAUAUGGAAGAAAUUCUCUUCUUUAAGUUUGCACCUCCAACACUUUCCACUGGUGUUUUGGUACAUUUUAGCCAAUUUUGAGGGUUUAAGAUACCAUCUGUACAUCAUUUUUUUAAAAAUUUAUUUUAUUGUAUAACAUGCUGUAAAUCUUAUGUCUCUUUUCCAUAAGUUUUCCCAUUUUUCUAAAUCAAUUGAAUGACCGAUAUCUUGUGCCCAUUUGACCAUGACAUCUUUAAACUCUUUGUCUCCUAAGUGCCAAUUUAAUAAUAGUUUAUACAUUUUGGAUAAAUUUUUAUCAUCAUUUAUAAUCAAUUCUUUGUAUAUUUCAAAUCAUUUUGUAUCAAAUCCAUUUACAUUCUUGUCUUCCUCAAAAAUUGCAUUUAAUUGAUGGUAUUGAAACCAGCCUAUUCCUGUAUGUCUUAUUGUUUCAUAUUUUUUCAUUUGUAAUCUAUUAUUUACUUCCUCUAAAAGAUCUUUAUACGUCAACCAAUUUGAAUCCAUAUUUUUUCUUUUUACUGCCUCUGCCUCCAUUGGUGACAACCACCAUAGGGUUUUUGGUUCUAAUAAUUUUUUGUUCCUUUCCCAAACUUCAUAUAAGGCUUUCCUAAUAAUGUGAUUUAGGAAUCCCUUGUGGAUUUUUGCUUUAUUAUAACCCAGGUAGCCGUGCCACCCCACUAUAUUAUCCCAGCCCUCAAUAUCCAGUAAUUUAGUAUUCUUCAAGAUCAUCCAUUCCUUGAGCUAGACCAGGCAGGCAACUUCUUUUUUUUAAAAAAAAUAAUUUUUAUUAACAGGCCAAUCACAUCACAUUAUCCAAAUCACAUUAGUUUCAAAUUAUACAGCCAAAUUUUAAAUUUUGUUGGGGGUACCCAUACAUCAAGCUCCGCACGAGUCCAAAACUACGAACGAGUCCAAACAUCACUUAUAUUACUGCUUUAAUUAGACCUAUUAGUUCUAUCCAGUUCAAUCCAGAUAGUCCUUUAUUACUUUCUUUCUCUUCUUGUUGUUAUCAUAUAUUCCUUUCUUUGCGAUCUCUGAUAAUUUUCACAAGCAGAUUGAAAACAGGCAUGCUUUGUGUGGGUUUUGUACUGUCCAAAGAUCAUAGCACUCAGGGACACCCUCUGUUCAGCGCUUCCAUAAAAAAAAUUAAUCUUCGGUCUGUCCUUUACUUUUCUCAGGCUUGCCAAAUAAAUCAAAUGAGUCAGGAGGCUCUGUCAGGUCAAGUUUGCGUUCCAACAUUCCUUCUCUUUCAAAUAAUCCUGAUUCUCCUCCCCCUGUCCUCCUUUCUCCGGCAAGCCUGUCUUGGCGAGACGCCAUUUUUUAACUGCGUCAUGAAAAUUUUCCUCUUUCUCACCGUUCACCAAUCCUCUCUCCUGUUAUAAUCCAUCCCACACAGUUCUUGAAUUCCUGCUUGUGAUUAAUAAAAACGCAACGAUCUUAUUUCUAUCUGGGGUGAAGGGUUAUUAAUAUCACAUCAUGCAAAGAAAAAAAAUUUUUUUCCUCCACCCCCCCUUCAUUCCAAACAUACAGUCUCCUAGUGGUGAUUCAUCAGAAGAUUUACUUAUCCAUCCGUCACUCCCGGUCACAGAGAUCCAUUAAUCAGCAGUCUUAUCUCUCGAACAUUACUUGAUAUAUGUGCUUCAGCUUCAUUCCAAUCCUAUGUUUCCAAUUAUAAUUCCAAGCUGAAGCUAACCAGCACGCGCUAAUUGGAAUCGGCGUCAGGAAGAUCUGACUUCACCGAGGGCUCGUGCCAAGUGUUCGGCACCCCCAUCUCUCGGAUCAGGGGGUGCAUUGUGAACACCGCUGGCAAGGCAGCGCCCCCCGUCUUCUGGGGGGGUAGGAAGACUGCAUACUUCCCAUAGCAGCCCCUUAAUUACCUCGUAUGGGUCAGAGAGAUGUUAUUGUCGGCCAUCUUCCAACGCGCCACCUGGUGGCCCCCAGGCAGGCAACGUCAUAGUAGAUCCUAAAAUCUGGCAUUCCAAACCCUCCUUUGUUUUUGGUUACUGUUAAUAGUUUAAAUUUAAUUCUGGUUUUUUUUUGCCCUGCCAAAUGUAUUUUGCCAAAUACCUGCGCCAUUUUUUAAAACAAUUUAAGCCAUUAAGAACCAGAAUUGAUUGAAAAAGGAACUGCAUUUUUGGUAAAACUACCAUCUUGAUUGUAGAAAUUUUUCCCACAACGUGAGUUUUAAUUUACUCCAGAUUUCUAAGUCUUUCUUAAUAUCGGUCCAUACCUUAAUAUAAAUGUCUUUCUAUAAAUUAAUGUUUUUCAUGGUUAUCCAAAUUCCUAAAUACUUUGCUCUGUUAGUAAUUUUAAGUCCUGUUUCUAUUUCUAACUUUACUUUUUCUUGUAUAUCUAAUUUUUUUACCAGGAGUUUUGUUUUUUCUUUAUUAAUUUUGAAUCGUGAAAAUUGUCCAAACGCCUUUCUUUUUCCUUUCCUUUCCUUUCCUUAUAAUAUGUUUUAUUUAUUUUCUUUCUUACAACAAAUAUCCAUCACCAUCACUAAAUCUUCCUAUAUCUCAUCAUAGUCUUUCAAUUUUAACUUUCCUUCUUGUUCUGUUAGUAAUUCUCUGUAUGUUGGCCGUAUUCCUUUCAUUGUUGACAUGUUAAGUGAUAGUGCUUCAAUGGGUGAUAGCCACCAUGGAGUUUGGGGUUCCAAUAAUUCUUUGUAUUUUCCCCAUACCUUUAUUAAAAACUUAUUAUAGUA